AUACUUUUAGCUUUUAUAAUCCACAUUAAAGUGUUCACAUAAGAGUUUCACGUUAGUGGCUUUGCCCCUCCACCCCUGCAUGGACCCGCUCAGUUGAAAAGCCAUGCAGCACUGCCGUCCUGUUGCUUCGAGGUCAGUGGGCCAGCCCUGAGGGGGAACUCUGCUGCUCAGGCUCAGUCAGCUGCUUGGGCUGAGGUGACUGAGGAUGCAGCAAGGGAGCUGAGGAGACUCCUGAGCCACAGCCUGACACACACAUCCAGCUGCUGCUGCGCACUGCCCUCCAUCAGGGGGGACUCUCUAGUUGGCCUGGACCAUGAGCAAUGAGUCUACCGUCUGGACCAUCCUACCAGAUAACUCCACAAUUAACUAUGCAGGCCAACCAGCCAGUGGGGCUAAAUCAAUCCUUUAAACUGAAUGGUGUUACUGGGAAGGAGAUCCCAUUCCAGGCCGAGGAGCAGCAAGAUGGCUAUGUGCUCCUCCUGGUGAUCCUCUUUAUCUUCCUGGUAGGAACGUUGAUCUUCAUCUCUGUCCUCCUCAUCACCUGCCGCCGAGGAGGGCAAUGCUAUGCCAGGGCCAGCGAUGACCCUGAGAAAACCAACACCACCUACGUGGAGGAGUCUCAGCCCACCCAUGAAAUCACCAUCAGGGUGGAUGAGUCCGACUGCCUGUCGAUGGCCAGCGCUCACGACCAGGAGACUGAGCGCUUCCUCUCCACGGGCACCACAGGCCGUCGUGUCUCCUUCAAUGAGGCUGCGCUCUUCGAUCACAGCAAGAAGGCCCAGGAGAAGGGCCGCAGAUACACUCUGACCGAGGGCGACUUUCACCAUCUGAAGAACGCCCGGCUCACACACCUCCACUUCCCUCCCCCGACCCUCAAGAUUGUCACCAUCCACGAGUGCGACUCGGCCGAGAACAGCAUCACCAUGACGACGCGCCCUGUCGCUAAGUCGGCACUUUCCAUCUUCCAGCCGAUGCUGUGCCCUCUACCACAAACAGCGUUGACCAGCCUGAGUGUCAAUCCCGGCUGUGCCCUCCCUGGAGAUGCUCUCAACUCAGUGGUGGACACCAGCUUCAGUGAGAACACUGUUGCUCUCAGCACCAAAGAGCCAUGCUCCAGCUCUAUCCUGAUGAUGGGAGCGGGCCCCCGGGGCAGAGGCAGCAGUGUCAGUGUUGGGGAAGGGGCCACAGUGAGGAGCGGAGGUUUCCCUUAUGCUGCCGGCAGUGCAGGAAGCCAGGGGCCUGUGCUGCAGUUCUUUACUAAACUGCGGCGCCAUGCUAGUCUGGAGGGGGCCAGUCCCUACUUCAAGAUCAAGAAAUGGAAGCUGGACAGCAGCCAGAGAGCCUCGAGUCUGGACACCAGAGGCUCCCCAAAGAGGAGACAGUUCCAGCGGCAGCGAGCCGCCAGCGAGAGCAUGGACCAGGACGACAACGACGCGCACCACAUAGACCUCAUCCAGUACAUCGCCCGCACCCAGGACAUCGCCUACUUUCCCAGCCACCCCACUUCACGCCUCCUCUCACCUCCUUCCACACCCCCCCCCUCCCUCGGCAGGGUAGAGGUAGAGGUGAUGGUGGAGCCCAGCUGCAGCCAUGGAGGACCAGGGGUGAUUGGCCUUUCCCCUGAUCCCCAAGAUGAAGCACUGUCCCUAUCAAGAAGGGAAGGUGCAGACCCUUUGGACCCCCAGGAACCCCAGUCACUUUACAAAGACAUCUGGAGCCUACGUGCAACACUGGAACAAUAUGCCGCCUCUGACCAGAGCAGCAACAAUGACAAGAACUCCGUCUGCAGCGAUGCUGAAAGUGUGUGUUCGAUGGGCGGGCGCACGGAGUCAGAAAGAGGAGGGCUCCCCAGCUACCCUUCCCAGGAAUUAGGGGAUGAGGCAGAGGGUGGAGAGGACAUCUCGAUGUAUAUGGAUGAGAGGUUCGGGGUGAAUGACGGUAGAAAGAGGAAACAAGAAAGCACAGAAUCGGAGCGAGGGAGCAGCGACGGAGAAACAGGGACUCGUAAACUGCUGCAGAUGGACAGUGGCUAUACGUCCAUAGAGGCUCCAUGUCGUGGUCCAGAUGACCUGCGACUGUUUGGGAGCGUCAGUAGCAGCCCUAAGGACAGAACAGCCCACGAAAAAAGGCACCACUUUACCAACGCAGGGCGAAGUGGCACUAUCGGUGAGAGCUUUGAGUCUCAUCUCUUUGAGGAGGAGCCGGAGGAGGAGGUCUUGUUGGGUGCCAGUGGAGGGGUUUCCAUAGAAACAGGUGCUAGUCCACUGAGCUGGUUACCAUAUGGUCAGAUGCUCACACCUCGAGAGGCUCUACAGCCUUCAGCUCAACCGCCAACACUGCACCGGCGAGACUACAGCAUAGAUGAGAAGACGGACGCCCUCUUCCAUGAGUUUCUCCGUCACGACCCUCAGUUUGACCAGCAGGAGUCGCCGCUAAAGAAGUACCGGUCACGAAUCCACCUCCGCAAGCAGUGGCAGCGUCACAAACAGUGGAGUGACCCGGGUGUGAGACACUUCCAGUCCUCUUUUGAGAGACAGCGGACCCCGCUACGGAGGGGUGAGAGUGUGAACUACCCACUGGACACAAGCUACCACAGCACACUCCCCCGCAUCGUCAGUGCUCCUGACGAGGAGGCCAGCGACGGGACCGGCAGCACACCUGAUGCUCCAAAGGUUCAGCCUACGACUGCUAAGAGUAGGGGCAAGGACAGGGAGCAGGGUGUCACUGUCAGAGACACUGAGGACCACACCUCCUCUUCUCCACCUCCUCUUCAUCCCUCCAUCUCAGAGAAAGAUGGAGGGCUGGGUGAGCACCACGACCCUCAGGAGGACAGCAAACAAUCGGGGCUCCCUCCCGAGCCCUCGGACGAGCUCUUGCCCCCUCAGCUGCACGACUCCUCAGGCUACGGCCCGCAGACCAUCACAGCAGAGCUCACAGACAAACUGACUGCUAACCUGGAUGAGAGGCUGUACAUGGGCCUUCGCAGGACCAAGGACACAGCCGCUGAGUGUGUGACGGUGACGGCCACACACGCUUCUCCGGACCACAGCCCAGUGUAGCAGGGCUCCAGUCGUCCUCCUCGUCAACCUCACUCCUGCUGAUACACACUUUUCUUUCUGUUGGAUCUGUCUUGCGUCAGUUUAAAUGUCUCUCUGUGAACAGAUUGAAUGGUGUGAUCCAGACCCAUAAACACACAAUGGAAAGUAUGCUUUAAAUCAUCUUCCAUACAGCCGAUGCUCUAGAACUUCAGCCCGUCUGUGUUCAUAUCUGUUCAAUGUUGCCAUUUUGCAUUUUUUCAUUGAUGAAGAAAGAUCCCAUUUAAAAUAAUAAACAAACAGAGCUAACAUAUCAAACAAUCCUAUAGUUUUAGCAAUGAUUGUGUCCUCAUUAAUUGUUUCUAUGUCUGUAGUCAGUUUUCCGUCUCUACUGCUGCCUUCCUGUCUCUGCUGUCCAGUAUAAAUAAGUAAAGCUGAGGGCAGAUCUGGCCUCUGUACUUGUUGAUCCACUGUGAAACCAGGUGCUAUUAGAUGAGUAGAAAGCUACAGAUGUGGACGCAACAGCUAGUCCCAUAAUCAUGCAUAAGUGGAAAAUAUGUCGUUUUAUCACUAUUCAUACAGAAAGAUUUUAAAAUACCAUUAUUGAUCAAUCAAAGCUUUAUGAUGCAUACUUUAGUUGUUCACACUGGUUGUUUAGAUCAGUAGGUUCCAAGAGAAGUCUGGAAUUAUUUAAGUAAUAUAUAUAUAUAUAUAUAUAUAUAUCUUUUACAACUGAUUAUGUUUAUUACAUAGGUUACUACUUGGGUUUUCACAUCAAUUUAUGAAAUAUAUUGAUAUUCAACAUAAGAGUAGUUAUUUCUAUAAGUGGACGCACUGCAACCAGUACAGCUAUGUCAUUCUCAUUCAUGCUUGUUGCCAUUUUCUAUCGAUGUAGCUAAGUACAUAGCUAUGUAGGAAGAUGACUUCCCCAUUCUUAAUCCCGCCUACAAAGCUCUGAUUGGUGGAUUGUUUUCCCAAUCGUGGGAAACAUCCGUUAAAUCAUUUCGGGGCCACAAGCCAAACGGGUUGGGAACCACUGGUUUAGAUAAAUGGACACGAAUAAUACAGUUAGCAAAAGCCAGAACAUCAUAAAGUGUUAUUUUGAAAAGAAAGCUAUCCUUUCAUUGUCUUCAUUGAGUGUCUGACUGGUCAUGGUGUGUGUUGUUUUCUCCACUAUGUGACAACUGUGUUUUAGUUUGUUUCAUGAGUUGUAAUAUAUUUUGGUACGCGCUUCGCUUAGCUAGACGAUGAAAACUGCGAGUGGCGGGUUUGAAGAGGACAGAUUGAGAACUAACAAACAGGACAGCCACUAGCACUCCGGUAUCACCUUCAUCAGUCACAGAUACGACAGUGAUCUACAUGAGCUGUGACUCUCAGUACUCUGGUCAUCACUGGCAUGAGGCAUCCAGUUACAUUAAAGCUAUUAGACAAGAUGGCCGCUCUCACAAACGUUCGGUGUUUAUUGAAUUUAUAAGAAAGGCAUGCUUUCUUGUGCACGGGGCUCACAGAACAGACUUUAUUUGUCCGCUUCUGACAUUCUUGUUUCCCUCUUCUUCUUCUCCUGAGAAAGUUGACAGUGCAGUAGACGCGUCCCUCGGGGGAGGGGGGAGGCCGAGGACUUUACUUCCUGCCGGUUUAUAAAACCAGACCUUACAAAGAUGUUGUUUGUAGUUAAUUUUUGUCUCUCUUAUUUGGCUUCCUCUGUGCAAUUAAAACAAACCGCUACUGCCAUUCAAAUGAAACCCUGACAACAGAUUGUGUCCCGUGGGUAAAGAAUGCAAGAGUUAAGUUAAAAAAAACAAACAUUUUUGCUCACAGAUCUCUGCUUUGACAUGCUCAGCAGUAGCAGCAGGUUGAUUGUAACCCAGUCACGCUCAUAAAAAAUGUCGUUCUCAGAGGGGCUGUUGGGCUUUCCGUUUCUCCCACGUGCAGUGAGGGGAGCCGCGGCAGAAGAUGGUGUUGAAUAUUAAUCAUGAGGAGAAGGAUUUCCGCCUUUCAUCCCCCGUCUCCCAUUCCUCCUUCUUUGAGGCUAUUACCAUGCAGUCAAUUGAAAUCACUGCAUAGAAAAUCAGGGGGGAAAAAAAACAUUAUCCGCCUCUCUUUGUUUGGGUGUGAUGAUGCUCCUUCCCAGCCUGCACAGAUUAGAUCUCUCUUGGCUGCGUGACCGGAUUCUCCUCUCGUGGCUAAGUGCAGAUGCUACGUUCCUCAUUAGGAGAGCAAAGACUGAAGCUGAAGGGAGGUGAACUCAAAUGAGGAGUAGAGAGGGUAGUGAUUUUACACGUAGAGGCCCCCCCUUCACACACACACAUUAGGUCACCGUGAAGAAAAACAAUGUGCUGUGGCAAAAAUUAUUUUUAUGUCGGCGCUAAUCAGCAUAAAGGAAAUGAAAUCCCCUCCUCGGUUAUAAUGAAACUGAUGCGUCCCUGAUGAGAAUAAUUAGUCAGCAAAUUCUGACAGGGCUGUAGAAAAGGGGAAGACGGCUGCAUUCCCCUCGGAUGAAAAAGCUUAAAUGUCUUGGAGCUGAGUCAGAUGAUGAUGAUAGGACAGCAACCACAACAAUUUAAAGGAAAUUGCCAUACGGGUUGAUGUGUACAAAGAUUAAACUUUGCUGUGUAUACAAGCACAAUGUCACAGGAGCUAGACUAAAUGGAUGUCCUUUGUUAGGUUUAGACAGAUGCUGUAUAACUGGGGACACUGUGGUAAAUGGUGUUUGUAUACUAACCAGUAGCCUGUCAAAUACAUUGAUGCAUAGCUGUGUGUAAGUCUGCAUGAGAGUUAACAUUUUAGUACAAAUCUUCAUGUUUUCUCAGACUUGCGGUGCAAGAUUUACCAAAAGUUACUGCUUAUUUGUUAAAGGCAGAAGUCGAAACAUUGGUAUGACCUAGCGAUUUUGUACUUUUGAGAGUCACGCUAGAAUGCUGUAACCGAUGAGAUUUUGUGAGAUUUAUCUCUUUGAAAGUAGAAGUAUUUCUGUAUUCCUUGCUUGUUAGUAAAUCGCUUAAUUUCUCAAUGAAAAAAAAAAAAAAGAUGAGCUUUCUUAACAACUUUGCUUUUGUUGAUCCAAAAUCUAUUGAGCC